UCGGGAGUGGGAUAGAACAAAGUGUCCUGACUCAAUUGUUUCUCCAUAUUUAACCUCAGCCAAAGUCAGUCAUUGCUAAUAUGUUGAGGAAAAGGAGACGUGGGACAGAGAAACAUUUACACUUUUUGUACUAAAUUGUUACGACUUCAUCAGGAUAAACCCGAGCUUGAAGAGAAAAAGAGGAGUUCUACGGUGUCCAUGCAUGUCGUCAUUGUCCUGAUCCUGCUAGCUAUUGGGCUGGGAAUCUUUCUUGGCCUUUAUUUCACAGCAGGACACACUUCAGUCUCUGAUGGUGUGACACAGGAAACACCCUUGUCUGGCCCAGUUGAACUGGACUAUUCAAUGACGAUUCAACAGAAAUUUAAGGACGAGUACAACGACCCAAAUUCCACCAAGUAUAAGGAACUUGAAAACAUGGUUUUGAGUACGAUUGACAACAUGUUCAUGAACAGCGAUAUGAGCAGCGUGUAUGAUGGGUCGGAAGUUCGCGGCUUCAGUAAUGGAAGUGUCGUCGCCAAGGUGUUCAGUCGCUUUAAACGAGCACUCAUCCACUCCACUGAGAAACCCUCAGACUUGAACAAGGUCCUGGACGUGUUUGUGGAUGAGGUCAAGAACCUGAUCGAAGAGUUUACCAGUCAACCAGGCUGCUGCAAUGGCCUCAAAUUCGUCACUGUCAUCAUCAAUGGAGCAAACAUCGAACCGCCAUCACCACCUCAACCAGCAGACCCGGCAACUAAUCCACCUACUGCAGCAUCAAACGGUCCACCAGCUGCUACAGCAACUCAACCACCAACUGCAGCAGCAACUCAACCACCAACUGCAGCAGCAACUCAUCCACCAACUGAAGCAUCAACUGUACAUUCACCAAAUGCAGCAUCAACCGGUCCACCAGCUGCUGCAGCAACUCAACCACCAACUGCAGCAGCAACUCAACGACCGACUGCAGCAUCAAGUGGUCCAUCCACUGCUGCAUCAACCGAUCCACCAAAUGCCUGCUCACCAACUUCUCCAACAAAUUUGCCUCCAACUGCUAUACCAACAUAUUCACCCUUUGAUCCACCAACUUCAGGCUGUGUGUUAAACUCUUGUCUGAACAACGGGACGUGUCAACCGAUUGGAAGGUAUGGUUUCAACUGUGAAUGUCCUGAUGGGUUUGUUGGCACGAGGUGUGAAAUAGAGGCAGAUCUUAUCAAUCUUUUGGAGAACGAGGAAGUCGAAAUUACUUCACCAUCCUAUCCAAGCAACUACCAGAACAAUCUGGACGUCCAAUGGAUCAUCCAAACAGCGGAGGACCUGGGAAUCUUCCUCAGUUUCCACGAUUUCAACACGCAGAGUUACAAUGAUUAUCUGGAGGUUGGAAAUGGCCGCGACUCUACUGACUCCUCCACAAGGGUCUUCCGUCGGAGUGGGAGCAGUCCCCCGCCUGAUACGCUCUCAACCGGCAAUGCCAUGUGGCUGAGGUUCACAUCUGAUGGUUAUUUCACCAGAAGAGGUUUUUCUCUAUCAGCUCGAAGCAUUGGAUCAGCUGGCUGUAUAUUGAACUCAUGUCUGAACAACGGGACGUGUCAACCAGUAGGGAGGUCUGACUUCUACUGCGAAUGUCCUGCUGGGUUUGGAGGCACGAGGUGUGAAUCAGUGAGUAUCUUCGUCGGGGCAAACGAGACAGUUGAAGUCAUUUCACCAGGUUAUCCAGACAGGUUUCCAAGAGAAUUAGAUGCAGCCAUUUGGAUCAUCCAGACAGACCAAGACAGGAAGAUCCUUGUUGAUUUCAAUGAUCUAACCACUGAACACCCCGACUACUGGAAAGUUGGAGAUGGAGUCGUUAUCGAUGAGUUUACUUUUCUGUUAUGGGGAAGGAUAUAUCUAUAUCGUCAACUACCGAAUCUACUUUCAAAUGGAAGCGCCAUCUGGAUUUCAUUUUCGUCUUCUUCUUAUCAAACAAGAGAAGGGUUUUCCUUUCUUGUAUCCAGUGUUCCACCAACAGAAAGUCUGACUUGCUCUGCUGCUGAGUUUGACUGUGGGCAUUCAGUGUGUCUCAGCUCUGAUCUGCUUUGUGAUCGUCAAGCAGACUGCAUCGAUGGUCGUGACGAGGAGACCUGUGGUUGCGAUUUCAUCUCCUGCCAACACAAUGGGACGUGUGUGCCAAGCUAUUACGACUACUUUAAUUGCCGAUGUUCGCCAGGCUUCGAAGGAAGAUUCUGCGAGAGAGCUGUCUUUGAGUGUGAGGCGUUCGGUUACGACUUUGAUGAAUCUGAGACAUGCGAUGGCGUCCUUAAGUGUCCAAAUGGCGAUGAUGAAAGGGGAUGUGAGUGUGGUGUAUAUGAGUACCAGUGCCGUAAUACUAUCUGCGUGAGUUCAGCCGAUGUAGAGUGCAAUGGAACCGCUGAGUGUCUGGAUUAUUCUGAUGAAGGAGUUAACUGUAAUGAGGCUUACUGCGUAGAAAUCGACAGUGAUGAAUGCCUUGCCAUCCUGCCUUAUAAUACAACCUACUUCCCGAAUGACUUCGCGGCCAACAACUCAAUCAACGAAUAUCUGCCUCAACUCACGACCAACUGCACCGAUAGUGAGAGACUUGCUCUGUGUAUGGCGUUCUUCCCGGAGUGUCCUCGGUUUGGUUCUCAACGUAGAGUCUGCGCAUCACUGUGUUCCAGGGCGUUAGAAUGUGUCGGUCUGGACACCGACUCCACUCCUUUACACUGCGAUGUGUAUCCUGACCAGGGUGUGUUGUCCACCUCAGAUGGUUGUCUCUAUGACGAAGAAGAUAUUGUGCAGACAGGAGACUGUGGACGUCGUCCAGCUGCCUCGCCUUCUCGCAAUCCUUUCAGUCGUAUCAUCGGUGGCGCCCCGUCACACAUCGCCAACUGGCCCUGGAUUGGUUCAUAUCGACUUUCAGACGGACGUCACGUGUGUGCUGCCACGUUAAUUAGCCCUCGUUGGGCAGUCACUGCGGCGCACUGUGGCCAAAACCAUCAGUUAGUGUUUGGCAGUUCACUGUUGGAUACUCCGUCCGAUUACCCGCACGCCUAUCGCAUUGCACAGUUUUUCAUUCAUCCUGGAUACAAUAACCUGAGGUUCCACAACGAUAUUGCACUUGUGAAGCUGGCCACACCUGUCAGAUACACUGACACCAUCCAACCAGCUUGCUUGGAAACUGGGGACGACGAAGCUGACAUCUACGACACAUGCCAUGCAGUGGGAUGGGGACGGACUUCGGUUUUCGACAGUGUUUCUCCAGUGUUAAAAGAGGCACGGGUGCCGCUGGUAUCCUGGGAGCAGUGCAAAAGUAUGUACAGCCAUCUCGCCAGUUCAGGGGCCUCCCUCACAUCCGAUCAAAUUUGCGCUGGAGAUGCAGAUUCAACGAAUGAAACAUGUCGCGGCGACAGUGGAGGUCCUUUGAUCUGUCGUGGGACAAAUGGACGUUGGAAGUUGGUUGGUAUUACAAGUACGGGUUUAGAGUGCGGUGCAACCACUCCGGGCGUUUUCACGAGAGUCUCCAAAUACAUUGAUUUCAUCAGACACACAAUCGCUACAGCAUUUCAGCCGUGUACCGCCGAUGAGUUUGACUGUGGGGAUUACGUUUGUAUCGACGGUCAUUCGCGAUGUGAUCACCAAGACGAUUGUAUCGAUGCAAUCGACGAGGAACUGUGUGGCUGUGUGUUAAACUCUUGCCUGAACAACGGGACGUGUCAACCAAUUGGAAGGUAUGGCUUCAACUGUGAAUGUCCUGCUGGGUUUGGAGGCACGAGGUGUGAAAUAGAGCAAAAUCUCAUCAAUCUUUUGGAGAACGAGUCAGUCGAAAUUACUUCACCAUCCUAUCCAAGCAACUACCAAAACAAUCUGAACAUCCAAUGGAUCAUCCAAACAGCGGAGGACCUGGGAAUCCUCCUCAGUUUCCACGCUUUCAACACGCAGAGUUACUAUGAUUAUCUGGAGGUUGGAAAUGGCCGCGACUCUACUGACUCCUCCACAAGGGUCAUCCGUCGGAGUGGGAGCAGUCCCCCGCCUGAUACGUUCUCAACUGGCAAUGCUAUGUGGCUGAGGUUCACAUCUAAUGGUUAUUCCACCAGAAGUGGUUUUUCUCUAUCAGCUCAAAGCAUUGGAUCAGCUGGCUGUAUAUUGAACUCAUGUCUGAACAACGGUACGUGUCAACCAGUAGGGAGGUCUGGCUUCUACUGCGAAUGUCCUGUUGGGUUUGGAGGCACGAGGUGUGAAUCAGAGCAAAAUCUCAUCAAUCUUUUGGAGAACGAGGAAGUCGAAAUUACUUCACCAUCCUAUCCAAGCAACUACCAGAACAAUCUGAACAUCCAAUGGAUCAUCCAAACAGCGGAGGACCUGGGAAUCCUCCUCAGUUUCCACGCUUUCAACACGCAGAGUUACAAUGAUUAUCUGGAGGUUGGAAAUGGCCGCGACUCUACUGACUACUUCACAAGGGUCUUCCGUCUGAGUGGGAGCAGUCCCCCGCCUGAUACGCUCUCAACCGGCAAUGCCAUGUGGCUGAGGUUCACAUCUAAUGGUUAUUCUACCGAAAGUGGUUUUUCUCUAUCAGCUCAAAGCAUUGGAUCAGCUGGCUGUAUAUUGAACUCAUGUCUGAACAACGGGACGUGUCAACCAGUAGGGAGGUCUGGCUUCAAUUGUGAAUGUCCUGCUGGGUUUGGAGGCACGAGGUGUGAAUCAGUGAGCAUCUUCGUCGGGGCAAACGAGACAGUUGCAGUCACUUCGCCAGGUUAUCCAGACAGGUUGCCAAGAGAAGAUGCAGCCAUUUGGAUCAUCCAGACAGACCAAGACAGGAAGAUCCUCGUUGAUUUCAAUGAUCUAACCACUGAGUACUACGACGAUUGGAAAGUUGGAGACGGAGUCUCUAUCGAUGUGUCUACUUUUCUGUCAUGGAGAGGGCGAUAUCGUCAACUUCCGAAUCUACUUUCGAAUGGAAGCGCCAUCUGGAUUUCGUUGUCAUUUUCUUCUCCCUACGGGACGAGAGGAGCAUUGUCCUUUGAUGUAGCUAGCGUUCAAUCCACACAAACUCUGACAUGUUCUGCUGCUGAAUUUGACUGUGGGCAUUCUGUCUGCAUCAACAGUGUCUGGCGGUGUGACUAUUAUGACGACUGCCACGAUGGUAGUGACGAAGAGUGUGGCUGUGUAUCUAACUCUUGUCUGAACAACGGGACGUGUCAACCGAUUGGAAGGUAUGGCUUCAACUGUGAAUGUCCUGCUGGGAUUGUUGGCACGAGAUGUGAAAUAGUGCCAAAUAUCAUCAAUCUUUUGGCGAACGAGUCAGUCGAAAUUACUUCACCAUCUUAUCCAAGCCACUACCAGGACAAUCUGGACAUCCGAUGGAUCAUCCAAACAGCACAAGACCUGAGAAUCCGCCUCAGUUUCCACCUUUUCAACACGGAGAGUGACUUUGAUUAUUUGGAGGUUGGAAAUGGCCGCGACUCUACUGACUCCUCCACAAGGGUCUUCCGUCGGAGUGGGAGUAGUCCCCCGCCUCCUACGCUCUCAACCGGCAAUGCCAUGUGGCUGAGGUUCACAUCUAAUGGUAGUGUCACUAAAAGUGGUUUUUCUCUAUCAGCUCAAAGCGUUCAACCAACUGGUUUUUCUAAGUGAGCUCAUCAAGUCUGCUUCCCUGAAGUGUGUCAUCAUCUUCCAACGAAAUAUGAGCCUUAUAUUAGCUCAGUUAAUAUAAGGUAAGAUAAAGUAAGGUAAAGAAUAAAGUCAGAUUAUUGUAAUUAUAAUGCCAGCUUCAUGAUUAUUCUUUUAAAAAACUUUACCAAUACUCAUGUUAAGGUACCUUUUGACUGCGAAAUAGAGAGCAAGUAUCGCUGGCGAUGACAGGCAUUACUAUUAUAGAUUUGCUACACGAAGAGGUAACUAUAUAGUGGCAUCAUGUUUGAUAUCUUGCACUGCUUCAAAAGUCUUCGGUAUUAACCCUAACUCCCUAAGGGAUGUGCAAAAUCAUAUUGAAAUUGGAGGAUUUAGGACUGUUA